AUGCGGUCUUCACGCGAUGUCCUUCUAGCGCUCGCCGCUACAGUGCUGCAGACCACCACUCCAGUAUCAGCACAAACGCUGAAAGAACAGGUUUGGGCGGUCUUUGCCUAUACAUUGCACGGAGAUAGCAUACCGACAGCUCUUCCCCGCGAGAGUGUCGUGACACCUUAUGGCGCCAGUGAGCUGUACGCUGCUGGAUCUGCCUUCCGUGAUCGCUAUAUCGCCAUCAAUUCGGCGGACGUGAGUCCCAGUACAAGAAUCGAACGGAUUUCCUCCUAUGUACUCGCGGACGAGGAUAUCGAUAUCUUGACCACCACGGAUGCCUCCGUGAUUGCCUCUGCCCAAGCCUUCAUGCAGGGACUCUAUCCGAAUUUGAAUGAGACCUAUGAUUCCCAGUUCUUUGACCCAAUUUUCCACAUGUCGAAUGGCUCCGUGACCACUGGACCCUUGGGCGGUUAUCAGUAUCCUCGCAUCAUCAGCGCCAGCCUCGAUGACCCUCAAUCAGUGACCGUGGCAGGCCACCAGAACUGCAUGUUGCAUCAAACUGCCGACUCAGAGUACCAGAACAGCCCGGAGACUCAAGAAUUGAUACAGACUUCGGGGCCAUUCUUCAACCGUCUAUAUGAGUUCUCGUUGAGAGACACAUUCGACCGCUCAUCGGCCAACUACCUCAAUGCUGUUUCCAUCUCCGAAUUUCUGCAAUACCAACUUCUGCACAAUGAAACCCUUCUGCACAGCUUGAACGAGGACGACAUCAAGCUCGCCAAAUGGUAUGCAGACAAGUACACCUUUGCUACGAAUGGCAACACAACAUCAUCCAGUCCUAUCCAGAGCGGUAAUGUCCGCGCUAUUGCGGGCCGUACUAUGGCAUCUCGCGUCUUGGAUGUCUUCAACACCAACAUUCUCAAUCGGGGCGAUAGCAGCAAACUGACCUUCCUUUUUGGCAACCCCGAGCCAGCCGUGGCUCUUACCUCCCUUCUGCGGCUGGCAUCACCGCAGCAGUCAAACUUCUACUCGCGCCCCGCGCUUGGCGCAUCCAUCAUUCUCGAGCUCUUUAGUCUCGAAAGCGACGCCUAUCCCACCUAUCCCGACCCAACCAAGCUCUACGUGCGGUUUCUCCUACGCAACGGCACUGACGAGGGGGCUGAAUUCCGCCCCUACCCGCUCUUCGGCCUCAGCCCCAGCAACACUGAUGUCUCCUACUCGGAGUUUCAGGCAGAGUUGACCAAGUUUGCCCUCAACUCCACCGAAGCGUGGUGUCUCCAGUGCAGCUCUAGUUCGGCGGUGUUCUGCCCUGGGGUUCUGGAGGCUGAUGGAGUGAGCUCAACUCAGAAGAGCAGCAGCGGAGACAACAAUAUCACCCCAGCUGUGGCAGGUGUUAUCGGCGCAAUCGUUACCCUUGUUGUCAUUGGUAUGUUUGCUGCUGCGGGGUUCUUGUUCUUUGGCGUUCGGAUGAACCGGCAGUAUAAGUCGAAUCUCACCGAUGUCAAGGGAGGUAUCAAGCUGGCUAGCGACUCGAAUCUUCCUUUGCGGGAGAAUAUGGUCAAGUACAUAGCUGCAUGA